CUUAUAUAUAAAUAUACUUGGUGGUUUUCGAAAACAAGAAUAAUUCAGCAUAGGGGAAACAUGUAUCUCUCAUUUAUUUUCAUAUCUUUUAUAAUUGCGAGUUCCGCCGAGUACUCGAGAUGGCGAUAUUGGAGAAGAGCGAAAACAAUGGAUAUUUAUGUUAGUCCGUGUGGUUCUGACAAAAAUGAAGGAACGAGUAGCGGGUCCCCUAUGAAGACAAUAGAACAUGCGCUGUCAUUAAUAAAUACUGAUAGUUACAAAGGAAACGAUAUUGUAAUAGAAUUGAUGUGUGGAACUUGUGGACCUACAUGUUACUUUGAUCUAAAGUCUACUUUAGUCAUUACAAACAAGGAGUCCCGAAAACUAACCAUCCGAACAAAUAAAACAGAUAAAGUUCGAGUGACAGGAGGGCAACGGAUACCUUGGAACAAGUUUAAACCAGUUAAAUACCAUAAGAAAAUACCACCCGCUGCACUUAAAGUGGUAAGUGGAAAAGUGUUAACUAGUUACCAGCCAUGA